CGAGUGAAAAAACAAAUAAUUUAAAAAAUGUGUAAAAUACUCUAGCGUAAAAAUAACACAUUUUUAUUUUCUUUUAUCUUUCGUUAUUUUGGAGGAACAAGUGUUUAAAAUUCAAAUGAUAUUGAGCUAUUCGGAUUGGUCAGACAUGCAGCAAUAAAAGUGGAGGCAGCUAGAGGUCACGUGAUUAGUUUUGUUUCCCGCAACCUUGUAGUUGAAUCCAUUCAAAAAUGAACCCACGGUUAAUCGCAAGUGAGCAAUUUGUAUGAAAUAAAUUCAUAACAGUUAGCUUCGCAACGAAAUAGUAAGUAUCAACAAAUCGUUGAAUCAACUUUUCAAUGCGAAAAUAACCUGUCCAUCUCGGCAAUUCAGUUAAGAGUAAAUCGUCCGUUAAAGGUUAACCGAUUAAAAGCCCCGUGAUCGUAAGAAAGUGGGGGCAAUAACAUCCCUACCAUGUGAGAAGAGCGCGGGAGAAUGAAUCGUUCGUUCGUGGUUCGUGUUCACGCUAAAGAUGGCCUCGCUCUCGUCGGCAAACAACAAUAGUUAGUGGCGCCAGUCGUCACCUAACCUCCUUGUUUCGUCUCCCUCUCCCUCUCUCUCUUCUCACUCUCUCUCUCUCUGUCUCUCUCUCUGUCUCUCUCUCUCUGUCUCUCUCUGUCUCUCUCUGUCUCUCUCUCUCUCUCUCUCUCUCUCUCUUUUCGCUUUCAGUCAGUUGUGACAGAGUAGUGCACAGGCGCUCGCGCGCGCGAGAGAUGCCAUAAAUAUAACUUGCGAGUGAGAGAGAGAGAGAGAAACGAUUAUUGCUGCGGGGGAUCGCAAGUGCGAGAAUUUAGAAAUUACAAUACAAAAAAUAGUGCUUUAGUGUGUUUUUUGGUGUUUAUGGUGGUGGUGGCCGCGGUGGUGGUGCACGAUGCCGCGAAGGUGCAUCUCCAACGAGGUUUUAUCGCCAAUUAGCUCAGACAGCAGCAUCUCGUAACGGCUCCAGGCAGAUACGCAGCGUGGAGCGGGCGGCGGUGGUGUAGGAGGAGCGAAAGAAAGAAGAAGAAAAAAAUCUCCGCGUGCCAAACAGCGGAGAGUACUAGCGGCCAAAAUGGAAGAGCGGAGCGUGCACAGCAGUACGAGCGAUAUAAAUAGUGAGGAGGCCGUCAAGACUGAAUAUCUACCUUAUAUACCUCGCAAAAAAAGAAUAUGCCUCGUUGGUUCAGCCAGCGAGGAUCCUGCACUGGAUGCUGCAGCUCAACAAUUCAGUGUUCCUGUUCUGAAGUCUGAGACUGGUGUAGAGUAUAUAGAUGACACUACUUACUGCACAUAUUUUGUACUAAAAAAGUUUGAAGGAAAUGAAUAUGACGUGCUCCAUAAAACUGCACAUAGAAUUUUGGGGCCAACAGCUUUGUUACAGCUGGCAGAGAAGAAAGAAUCGUUACCUAGCAUUAACCGACCAAUGUAUACACAGGCUAUGUUCGGACAGAUUGUUGUCUUUACUGGAUUUAGGAGAAAAGAGGAAUUGACAAAGCUUGUCACCUUGAUACAUCACAUGGGUGGUAGCAUUAGAAAAGAAAUGGGCGAGAAGAUAACACAUCUAGUAGCGAAUUGUUGUGGAGGUAAAAAGUAUAGAUAUGCAGACUGUUUUAAUAUUCCAAUUAUGUCCAGUAGUUGGGUAACUGCUCUUUGGGAUGCUAGGGAUGACAUUUCUUUUUAUAGUAGUAACAAAGAUGUACUCAAUGCACAUAAAUUAAAAUUAUUCUUUGGAGCUCGGAUCUGUUUCUAUGGCUUCCCAGAGGAAGAAAAGAACCACAUGUGUGAAGUAUUAGUACAGCAAGGAGGGGAACCAACUGAUAUAAUUGAUCCAAAUUGCACCCACGUGGUAAUAGACUUGGGCAAGAAUCGCUAUAGAAUAACCGACAGCGCGAGAACGCCGCUAACAUAUCUAAAGUUCCCACGUGAGAACUUGCACAUCGACAUCGCUUUCGCACGAAAUAGCAAAUCCUUGCCUUACUCCUUCGCUUAUUAUGAUCCAUACACCAACACCAUACCCUCGCCCUCAAAGUCGAUAUUCUUAUCGCGUCUGCUCAAUAUUGAUAACAAACGUAAAAAUUAUCGCCCGGAAGAACUAAAAGUCAUUGCAACUCGUAAAAAUGUUAGUCAAGAUUCAGCAAUUUGUAUGGACAACUCCAACGAUUUGCCAAGUUCGUCAUUCGAGUCUGUAACCAUGACUUUCGACGAGAUUAGUGAAGAAGAUGUAAACGAUACUCAAGAUACAUUUAGUGUCGUGGAAUCUCUUGAUGACCUAUCCGUCACUUCGGAUGGUAUAAUGGAAGUCGAUUCUGUCAUGGAAGACAGCAGGGUCGUACGGCCAACUACAUCGCUAAUAUCUAAACUCGAGUAUGAGAGAAAGCAUAUACCAUUCAAAAAUAUUCGUUCCUGCUCGACAGUGACGUUUACGAGUGCAAAGAAACCGCGUCGCUACAUUAGAUGGAAAAGAUCUACGUCGUGCAACGCCAUAUCAAAGACACUUGCCCCAAGCGGUAGUAACGAAUCAAAGCUUCGUUUUCCACUUGCUAAACGAACAACGUAUCAACCGAGCGCUAGUUUCGACACAGCCGACAGCACAACAACAAUACUGAGUGGUAGUCAAAAAACCCGCAGGAGCUUCUCGAAAGCUUUAAGACAAAGUUCGGCACUGUUCUCCAAAAUUAGCGAGAUUGUCUUUCCAUCCACAUUUAAGCAGUAUGCACCGCGCCGACAACAAGAUGACACUGCUAGUACGUGUAGCCGACAGAAGUAUACACCGUUACCAAGUCCAUUACCUGUACCAGCGAAAGUUGCAAGAUUGGCUGCGGAUGAUGAUUGCAGAGCGAGAGUGUCGAAGCUACAAGGAGAAUGCUGUUUGGCGAAAAAACGGAGUUUCAGAAGGAUGCAGGACAAAUCUUUCCUUGUGGUUGUCGACGAGUCAAACGUAAAUAGUUUACCAGACAUUGCCUCACAAAGAGCACGCAUUGUCAAAGCUGAAUGGUUCUGGACCUCCAUCCAAAAUGAAAUUGCUGUUGAUGAGGACGAGUACCUGUUCGACAAAUAUUUGGAGCGUUUGAUGUCACCGUCGGUCUCGGCACGUAGGAAUAGUCAACCUGUGAAUACACCGUCAUCCGCGUCGAAGCAACGCAAGCGUAAACGUUUACCAGAGGUAAUUGAAGCUGCACAGAAUGGGACUAGUUCACCGGCAUCGCGCAACAAAAGAAGAUCGAGUCUUAGCGAAGGAUUCCUUAGUAUAAACAGCAGCCUUCUCGAUAGUACUAUCAGUCCAGAAAAUCAGCUGUUAGAUGAUAUUCCAGAGGUAGAAGUUGUGGACACUGAAACAGUGAGAAAAACUCUUUCUCCGCGACAUCAAGUCUUCCUUGAACUUGUCCAGACUGAGUCAAAUUACGUUGGGAUUCUCAGUACGAUUAUGACUCUGUUUAAAGAGCCUUUAGAAGAUGUCGACGAAAAAAAGGAAGGAUUAUUAAACACCACCGAAGCCAAAAUAAUUUUCGGCAAUUUUCCACCGAUCUACGAGGUACACAAAAAGAUGUUGGAAGAGUUGCGUUUUUGUGCAACUAACUGGAGAGAAGAUAAUAGUAUAGGUCAGAUUAUACUCAAGUACUCGCAAGAUUUAUUGAAAGCUUAUCCUCCCUACGUUAACUUUUUUGAAAACACAAAGGAAAUGUUGGAUCAGUGCGAUCAAAACAAGCCAAGGUUUCAUGCUUUUCUCAAAGUGUGUCAGACUAAGCCAGAAUGUGGUAGACAAAGUUUGAAAGAAUUGAUGAUUAAACCGGUUCAGCGCCUUCCUAGUAUUAGUUUAUUGUUGAAUGAUAUUCUGAAGCAUACCGACAAGAAAAAUUCUGAUCACAAUGCCUUAGAACAAUCGUUAAAUAGCAUUAAGGAAGUUAUGACUUAUAUUAACGAGGAUAAACGAAAGACUGAGGGUCAGCUAGCCAUGUUUGAUAUAUUUAACGAGAUCGACAAUUGCCCGCCGCAUUUGGUGUCCUCGCACCGCUCGUUCAUCGGCAAGUGUGACGUGCAGGAAUUGAGCGAGGGACUGAGUGGCCGUGGCGAUCAUCUCGUUCUCUUUCUUUUUACCGAUACAUUGGAGAUCUGCAAGAAACGCUCGAAGGCCUUUAAUUCGGUGAAGAGUCCCAACACGGUCAAUGGACUGCAUACUGUGAAGAUGAGUGGCAAGCCUUACAAACAUAUUAAAAUGUUGUCGCUUAGUACCAUUAAGAAAGUUGUGGAUAUUCGAGAAACUGAUGAAUGUCGAAAUGUAUUUGCUUUAAUGGUACGAAGUAACCAAGAAUUGAGAGAAAAAUUAUAUUCUUUCACAAUUACUGACGAGGAGGUAAAUAAAACGAAUUACCUGCGAUGUUUGUGCCGACAAAUAGCCAAUACUGUUUGUAAAGCUGAUGCGGAUACAUUCUUAAUCACUCUUGAUUCUCAUCAGCUUGAAAUAAAUACUAGUGAUGUAGCAUUAGGAACACUAAGUAAAGCAUUUAAGAGCCUAUUUCAUAAUUUUUACCUGGAGUAUAUGGACCCGUAUGUGUUCCUACUCAAUAGCAUGUGUGAAACUACGUUACAUGUCCCACUACCGUUCGCGACACGGACAAAAAAGAAUAUUCAACGUACGUUCAGCUUCAACAAAACGCCAAGCAAGUUGAAGCGUGCGGUGUCAACAAUGAUGUCGCCGUUCGGCUCGACAACUAGCCUGACCCCGGCAAGUCACCAACUUGCCCAGAUGCGCCUUGCUAGUUGCAACAACAUUAACGAAUUGGGAAGUAAUGGUUCGGGCACACCGUCUCGAGGCGAGAUGCUCGUUGCGCCCAUGUCGGUCCAGCCGACGCGCAAGGCCAAAUGCAGUACUCUCAGUAUGGCCUCGCUUCGAAGAAACGGCUCUGAUGAAGCUAUGCAGAAUAAAUCUGAUCUCUAAGAAGAUGUUCUCGUUGUUUCGACAGUAACUAGAGAAGGAGUUAGAGGUGGAACAAGAUUUAUGUUUUAUAUUUUUUAUCUUUCAAGCAAGUUAAAAAAUAUUGUAUGUCAACUUUUUAUAACGAGUGCCUAAUUUACGACAGUUAAAAACUAUAAUUAUUUUUCAGUGAUUCGAAAUAGUGAUUUGAAAUUAGCCUAUACAAAGAUGUGAGUUUUUAUGAGGAACAGGUAUUUUUUCACGAGCGAUUUUUUGGGUAAAUGCGUAAUUUAUAAUUAGCAUUGGAUAGAGAAUAAAAUUUAAGAUCAUUCGAUUCGUGACAUUAUUAAUAAGAGAUUAAAGUUCAUAUCUGGCAUACUUUGUUCUGUUGUAUGUGCAGUGAAAAUGAGAGAUAUUCUUUCGUGAGAUUUUGUGAUGCCUUUAUGAAAUUAAUUGAAAGCUCAUCAAGGGUGAGAACGAUUGUUAGCUCCUUUGAUAAAUAGCUACACUAACAAUUAUGCUUUCACACUUCUUGUGUCUUCAUUUGUCUACAUGUAUAAUAUUUUGAAUAUAGAUAUUUUAUAAGACGAUUGUGUGUCAGUAUGAGUGAUAACAAAGAAGUUUGUUUACAAAAUGUCGACUUUUAUAAGAGUGAGUGGGCAUUACGGACACGAGAGCCAUAAAAAUGUUGAUAGUGUUUUUUAAGUAAUAUUCAUAGUGGAUAAAGUUCACCUUUGCAUUAUUUACUGUUCUGCCAGUAUAACGUAUGUACUUCAGUUGUAACAUAAUUUUCGACAGAUUGUAAUUUACAUCCGAAAAGCCUUAAUGUUCAUCAGCUAGUCUAGUUAUGAAUGAGCUUUUUGAAGAUAUCUAAGAAAGGGCCUAAUUGAAUAAAUAUAAGUAAGAAUCUAAGCUAAAGUAUCGAGAGUGGUGAAUCCGAAAUUCAUAUGAUCUUUUAAAAAGAUUAUUCAGUUAUUAGCAAUGUCGGAUUUCUGGGAUGUAAAUAUCUCAUAUAAUGGUUUAAUUAGAAGCUGAAAUGCAAGACAAAUGUUUUAUUCUAAUUUUACCUUAACGUUAAGAACAAUAUUUUCUGAAAAUCAACACGAUUAUGCAACAUCGACAUUAAGGCUUCUUUAGUGAAUUUGUAAGAUUAGGACUUUUUAUUUUUUCUAAAUACUCUUAGUGUUAUACAAAAGAUAUUUCGUUCCUACUUAAGCAAAGUUCCAUUUUUUUGUCUUAAAAAUUUUUGUUUCUUUCUUCUAAAUAUUCAAAAUUUCGAAGUUUUUUUUAUAAGGUCUCUUUUCGUGAAACAAAAUCUUCUGUACCUAUAAGUUAUAGAUUUAACAUGUACAUAACUGAUUCCAUAAAUUAUUCUUUCAAGAUGGAAAUAUUACUUGCUCUUAGAAGGGAUGUUAGGGCGUUGCUCUGUCUUUUUUUAUUGUAAGUUAUUUUUUGAAUAACAGAAAUUUUUCAAUAGUUUUUUCUUUUUUUCUUAAAUCGACUGUGAAUCUGUCAAUUGAUAAAAGAAGGCAUGGCAAAUUUUAAGUAAUUCUUAAUACCUUUUUUGUAAAUAUAAGUUGCGUUAUAGCCGAAGUGCGUUUCUAUACAUAAAAUGUAAAAUGUAUCUUCUUUUCUACACAUACACACACGCGCGCGCACAGUGAAAAUAUUACCUACGUUAUGUGAAUAACGAUCACAGCAAACUUUUCCGCCUAUAUUUAUAUUGAAUCUUGAGGAAAAUCGUAAUAAAUUCUAUAAACUUUAUAU